UAAGUCCAUCCAACCAAUACAUCACAAAUGGAAGACAAAAAGACUUUCUCAGAGUUGGUAAGAUAUAUGUUAUCAUUCUUGAAAACCAGGGCAUCGGUGAUGAGCUUCAAAAAGCAUGUCAUAAUUUGCAAUGGAAAGAACCGACGGCAAUUCAGAUUUUGUCUAUACCACCAGCUUUAGAAGGCAGAAAUUUGGUUGCUCUGGCUGAAACAGGUUCUGGGAAAACUGGUGCUUAUGCCUUGCCUAUAAUUCAGGUAUGUUUUUCUUAGCCAAUCACUUGGUUAGUUUAGAAACUAUUGCGAGAUCCUCACCCGUUCUUCGCACUUAUACUGGCUCCCACUCGUGAAUUAGCUGCUCAAGUUCAGGCUCAGUUUAAUGCACUUGGAAAAUCCAUCGGUUUGUCCACAGCUUUAUUGGUGGGUGGUGUUCCUAUUACUCAGCAAUCUGAUUUGAUGAAAAUAUCACCUCCCCAUGUUGUAAUUGCUACGCCUGGUCGAUUUGUUGACCAUUUAAAAAAGACAAAAGGUUUUGAUGAAUUGAGAUUUUCAAGUUUACGAAUAUUGGUCAUUGAUGAAGCAGACAGAAUGCUUGGUGUUGACUUUGAAUCUGUAAUUGAAAAGAUCUUAUGUAUUGUCCCCGCACGAAGACAAACCUUCUUAUUUUCUGCUACCAUGACUGAUAAGGUAGGUAAACUUCAAAGAGCUUCACUUCAUGACCCAGUUCGUGUUUCUACACGUAAAAGUAAAUUUCAAAGUUUAACAAACUUGCGUCAGUAUGUGCAUUUGGUACCACAAUGUGAAAUAGAUUCAUAUUUAGUCUAUUUGCUUCGUGUCGCUCUUUGUCCUGAAAUGCAAGUUCCGGGUUUGGAUCUGAUCAAGCUACAGUCUACUUCGGCGGAAAAUGUAGACUGUGACAAUCAAUCAUUUAUGUCCACUUCUGUGAUUGUGUUCACGCGAACUCGUCUAGCCAGCAAUCGGUUGAAUUUGUUGCUGCGUCAGUUUCUUCGUCAGCCUGUCAUAGCCCUUAACGGAGAUAUGCCUCAAGCUCAACGAUUAGGUGCACUGCAUAAAUUUAAACGAACCCAGGGUGCAGUUCUUGUAGCUACAGAUGUGGCAAGCCGUGGUUUAGAUAUUCCACAAGUGGGAUUAGUAGUGAAUUACGAUGUUCCUUUAGAUGCAAAAAUUUAUAUGCAUCGAGUUGGACGAACUGCUAGAGCCGGUCGCCUUGGUUGUGCUUUGACAUUACUUACCCAAUACUCUGUUACGUUUUUCUUGAAGGAAAUUGAAUCACGCCUAGUAUCUGCUGGUGGUCUUGAUCAUGAAAGAAUUCCUGCAUUAGUUGAACCAAACAGUUCACUAGAUAAGCAGUUAGAGAAAGCCGUUGAAGAGUUAAAUAUUGAAGUAAAAGAAGCAUCUCUUAGAGCGAAUCAGGCAGUGGAGUCAAUGCGAAAACGUGUCAAAUCUAAAGGUGUUACUAUAUUUACAGCUGUUGACGAUUUGCCUACACCGAAUAUUAAUGAAAUAGCCACUAAACCUGGUUUGAAACGAACAUCUUGGGCAUCUGAAGCACCUACCUCUAAAAAGCAAGAAAUUUCUGAAGUUAUGAAUGCAAUGUCCACUGUUCCUGAAGAGCAAACAAAUGGAUGUGAUUUCGUAUCAACUUGCAUUAACGAGCAGAAAAAGCGUAGAAAAACUUCUGGUAAAAAGAUGAAUAGUCGCAAUACUAAUAAUAAGAACAAUAAGAGUAAAACUCUUAAAAUUGGGAAACCAUUUAAAAAGCAUGGAAAACAUAGAUAAUUAGGAAAUAACUUUGUAUAUAUAUGUAUGUAUAUGUAUAUAUUUUGAGUAAUUUUCUUAUGUGUAGGCACACUUCGGUAAACACCCGUUUUCUCUCCUCUAUUUCUCUGCGUCAUUCGAAUUGAGAACAUAAUCGUUGAUAAUUUUUCAUGAUAGAAACAGAUUACAUUUAUAGAAA